UCCGUGGGAGGUGCGCCCCUGUUGUGAGAGGGUCGCGGCGGAUCGGUGGAGGGCGGAAUUCAUGUUCAUCUCAGGUCACUGAAUCAUCUAUCCUCUUUUCCACAUUCGUGCCUGCUGUCCCUGACCAGAAUCAUGCCUCGGGGCCAGAAGAGUAAGCUUCGUGCCCGUGAAAAACGCCGCCAGGCUCGAGAAGGGCCAGAGCGUCUGGUGCCUGCUCAGACCACUGCCCCAGAGGAAGAAGAGUCUCCCUCUUCCCCAUCUCCUCAUUUCAAAGAUGCUCCCCAGAGCUCCCCUGCCACGGGAACACCCAGGAGUCCUAAAGUUCCUGGAGGAGUCUGCUCCACCAGCACUACUGCUGCAGCUGCUUCAAACACAAAAUUUAAUGAAGAUGCCAGCAAUCAAGUGGAGGAAAAGCAAAAUACCUCAAAGGCCAGGGAUACCACUGAGCAAGGUCGCAGAGGCCCUAUAGAAGAGAAAGUUGCUCUGUUGGUAUACUACCUGCUGUACAAGUAUAAAGUGAAAGAGCCAAUUACUAAGGCAGAUAUGCUGAGAAAUGUAAUCCAGACUUAUAAGAAUCACUUCCAUGAGAUCCUAAGGAAAGCCUCUGAGCACUUGGAGCUGGUCUUUGGCCUUGAUGUAAAGGAAAUGGAUCCCAACAGGAACACCUACGUCCUUAUCAACAAACUGGAACGGAGCUGCGAUGCAAGAGUGAAUGAUAAUGGAGCUGUGCCCAAGACAGGCCUGUUGAUGACUGUCCUGGGUGUGAUCUUCACAAAGGGCAACCGUGCCACUGAGGAGGAAGUCUGGGAAGUGCUGAAUAUGAUGGGGUUGUAUGAUGGAAUAAAGAAUUUCAUCUAUGGGGAUCCCAAGAAGCUCAUCACCAAAGAUUGGGUGAAAGAAAAGUACCUGGAGUACCGCCAGGUGCCCAACAGCGAUCCUCAGCACUAUGAGUUCCUGUGGGGCCCCAGAGCCUACACUGAGACCAGCAAGAUGAAAGUCCUUGAGUUUGUGGCCAAGGCCCAUGAUACCGCCCCCACUGCCUUCCCAGGCUGUUAUGAAGAGGCUUUGAGAGAUGAGGAAGAGCGAGCCCGAGCCAGAGUUCUAGCCAAGGCUGGUACCGCUGCCAUGGCCAGUGCACGUGCCAAGGCCAUAGCCAGCAGCUUUUCCUGCCCCAAGUGAAGGCU